UUCCCCGCUCGAGAGGAGGCAGCCAGCGCAGCUCCGAUCUCCGGCCAUCGACCGCCUACAGCCCGACGGCAGCCGCCCCGGCCGACAGCCCCGCAGACCGCAGCCCAGCGCGUCCAGGCACCCACCUCCGGCCAGAGCCCGCGUCCCCGGCCCGGCCGCCCGCGCCGCGCUCACCCCGCCGCCGCCGCGCACUCCGUCCGCCGCGCCCCGACCAUGUCCGCCGCCGGCGCGGGCCCCGUCCGCCUCGCCUUCGUGCUCCUCCUCGCCCUCUGCAGCCGGCCGGCCGCCGGCCAGGACUGCGGCGGGCAGUGCCAGUGCGCGGCCGCGCCGGCGCCCAGCUGCCCGGCCGGCGUGAGCCUCGUGCUGGACGGCUGCGGCUGCUGCCGCGUCUGCGCCAAGCAGCUGGGCGAGCUGUGCACCGAGCGCGACCCCUGCGACCCGCACAAGGGCCUCUUCUGCGACUUCGGCUCCCCGGCUAACCGCAAGAUCGGCGUGUGCACCGCCAAAGAUGGUGCUCCGUGCGUCUUCGGUGGGACCGUGUACCGGAGCGGAGAGUCCUUCCAGAGCAGCUGCAAAUACCAGUGCACGUGCCUGGACGGGGCGGUGGGCUGCGUGCCCCUGUGCAGCAUGGACGUUCGCCUGCCCAGCCCUGACUGCCCGUUCCCCAGGAGGGUCAAGCUGCCUGGGAAAUGCUGCGAGGAGUGGGUGUGUGACGAGCCCAAGGACCACACCGUGGUUGGCCCUGCCCUCGCCGCUUACCGACUGGAAGACACAUUUGGCCCAGACCCCACUAUGAUUCGAGCCAACUGCCUGGUCCAGACCACAGAGUGGAGCGCCUGUUCCAAGACCUGUGGGAUGGGCAUCUCCACCCGGGUCACCAAUGACAACGCCUUCUGCAGGCUGGAGAAGCAGAGCCGCCUCUGCAUGGUCAGGCCUUGCGAGGCUGACCUGGAAGAGAACAUUAAGAAGGGCAAAAAGUGCAUCCGUACCCCCAAAAUCUCCAAGCCUGUCAAGUUUGAGCUUUCUGGCUGCACCAGUGUGAAGGCAUACCGGGCUAAGUUCUGUGGAGUUUGCACAGAUGGUCGAUGCUGCACCCCCCACAGAACUACCACCCUGCCUGUGGAAUUCAAGUGUCCCGACGGCGAGGUUAUGAAGAAGAGCAUGAUGUUCAUCAAGACCUGUGCCUGCCAUUACAACUGUCCUGGAGACAAUGACAUCUUUGAGUCCCUGUACUACAGGAAGAUGUAUGGAGACAUGGCAUAAAGCCAACGAGUUAGAGACAUUAACUCAUUAGACUGUAACUUGAACUGAUUCCACAUCUCAUUUUUAUGUUAAAAUGAUUUCAGUAGCACAAGUUAUUUAAAUCUGUUUUUCUUACUGAGGAGAAAAAAUUCCCACCAAAUUCAAAACAUUGUGCCAUGUCAAACAAAUAGCCUAUCAACCCCAGACACUGGUUUGAAGAAAGUUAAGACUUGACAGUAGGACUACAUUAGCGCACAGCAUGAGAAUGUAUAUUAAAGUGUGGCUUUAGGAGCAGUGGGAGGGCAUCAGUAGAAAGGCUAGUACUGUCAGAUGUCAUCUUAAAGUAGUAAUGUGCCUGCUAUUUGGAGUGUGAUUGAGAAAGAAAAUUCUAGCAUGCUCACUGACCUGCCUGUAGCUCCAGCGACAGCUAGGAUGUGCGUUCUCCUGCCAUCAUCAGGCCGAGUCAAGUUGUUCUUUAAGUUAGAACAGCAGUUUCCACUCUGAUGUUCUGAUCCGACUGACAGUGUUCAGGAAUCAGGAUCCUGUCUAUUAGACUGGACAGCUUGUGGCAAGUUAAUUUGCCUGUAACAAGCCAGAUUUUUUUUUAUUGAUAUUGUAAAUACUGUGUGUAUAUAUAUAUAUAUAUUUGUACAGUUAUCUAAGUUAAUUUAAAGUUGUUUGUGCCUUUUUGUUUUUGUUUUUAAUGCUUUGAUAUUUCAAAUGUUGGCCUCAUUUUCUGAACACCAUAGGUAGGACGUAAAGCUUGUCUGAUAAUUCAAAGCAUGAAAUGGAUACUCAAAUGGGAAUUCUGCUCAGUUAUAGUGACAGUCCAUCAAAAUAGAUUGUUUGCUGAAGGUGAGGCAGGGAUGUCCUUGGAAGUCUGAUUUCUCGGUAGGAAACGUGGUUGUCUCACUUUUAAUGAACAAAUGGUCUUUAUUAAAAAAUGAGUAGCUCUAUAUUAUAGCUGAUCAGUUUUUCUACCUGGAAGCAUUUGUUUCUCCUUUGACUAUGACUGUUUUUUGGACAGUUUAUUUGUUGAGAGUGUGACCAAAAGUUACAUGUUUGCACCUUUCUAGUUGAAAAUAAAGUAUAUAUUUUUUCUAUGAA